AUGCAAGAGGAAACUAGAAAACAACAAGCUUUAAAAUCGACUCCUUAUUUUCAUUCAGUAGAUUGGGGAGGUAAUCCUGUUGAGGUUUCUGAAGAUGAAUUUAAGAAAUUAGAAGAUUGUGGAAGAAAAAAGAUGGCAAUAACUGAGGAACCGGUAUUUAGAGAAUUAGAAGAUUAUGAAACAGCUGAUGAGGAUGAGAUUUGUGACACCCCACUGGGAGUAACGUUCGACAGGCGCCUUACAUGGAAGGCACAUCUAACCAAUGCAGAUAGCAAGGAACGAAAAAAGCUUCCAAAUCUACAGAAACUUGCUGGUACAAACUUGUUAGCACACCAAAACAUACUCAAGACAGUAUACCUUUGGACCAUCAGACCCAUCCUAGAGUAUGGCUCCUCAGCUUGGAUAACAGCGGCCAAGACAAAUCAGCAGAGGUUAGACAAGGUGCAAAAUCAGGCUCUCAGAAUCAUCACCGGAGCACUGAAAUCAACACCCAUCAAGGCCAUGGAAGACGCUACUGUCUUCCCUCCACUUGCCAAGAGAAGAGAGUCGAAAACCCUGGCCAAGAAUCAAGACACAUACACGUCAGAGACAUGGACACAGGUGUACACAAUUGGCUCAGCCUCAGCUGCAAUAAAAGACGUAGGAGCUUGCAUCUUCAUACUGUAUAUUUCGGGAAGAUCAAGGACAAAUAGUAUCCCAACCGGAAGGCACUGUACCAACUAUAGAUCAGAGAAUGAGGCCAUCAAACAAGCUAUUAAACUCAUUGAGGAGUCUCCAGAGGGCUGUCCCAACGUGGUUAUCUUCACGGAUGCUCUGUCAGUUCUCCAAGCACCGGAAAAUUCCAAACAAACAUCCAUCUCCAGGGCACUGUUCAGUCUAUGCAAAACGAGAGUUUUGUCCUUACAAUGGAUACCUGUACACUGUGGUGUACCUGGAAAUGUGAAUGCAGACAGAUAA